AGCAAAGGUUGGCCUCUUAGCCCGGGACCUUCUCCGCAGCUCCGCAGCAUCAUGACGGUGGGCGCCCGGCUCCGAAGCAAAGCCGCGAGCACCUUCGCGCGCCGAGGGCCCCUGGGGCGAUCGCGCGGCGCCGGCGACGAGGAGACCGAUGCCAUCGUGGAGCACCUGGAGGGUGAGGACGAGGACCCGGCGAGCCAGGACGGUGCGCGCGAGGAGAGCGGACGGCGCGCGGGGACCCCGGGCGCGCGCAGAGUGCACCUCGCGGCUCUGCCCGAGCGCUACGAGCCCCUGGAGGAGCCCGCGCCAGGCGACAAGCCCAAGAAGAGGUACCGGCGAAAACUGAAGAAGUACGGCAAGAAUUUCGGGAAGGCCAUCAGCAAAGGAUGCCGGUACAUCGUCAUCGGCCUGCAGGGAUUUGCUGCGGCCUACUCCGCCCCAUUUGGAGUGGCCACCAGCGUGGUUUCCUUCGUGCGCUAACUGGAGCUGCAGGGGCAGGCAUCACCAGAAUGCUUCUGCCCCAAGGGACAGUGUGAAUCCACCAGCACUUCAGACUUGGACUCACGGGAACUCGGAAGAGGAACCCUGCUUCGUGCUCCAUUGUUGGACUGGUUGAGUGUUAGGCAGGCAUCCGCUGAGCCACUCGAUUCUCUUAGACGUGCGUGGAUUCAGGGAUCAGCCCUGCGGAGAAUUAGGCCAAGGUCAAGUUGGGGUUAGGGGUUAGGCUAGCCUUCCUGGGGCACAGGCAGGCAGACCCAUGGCAGGUCUGGGGUCUGAGCCAUGCGGGCAGUGGGUGAGUGUUGAGGGAGGAGAAUGCAGAGCUCUAAAGGGAUAGUUGCUAGGUUCUGGAAAGGUCGAGGGGGCUGAUGGGCACUGGCCUUGGCCUACGUUGAUCCUCUCCUUGAGGACAGGGAGGGAGCUGUUUGUUUCUGACGUCUCUCUCUCAACCUCCUCGCUUUGGUUUACCGAGCUGUCAUCGGGAGUUUAAUUACAGGUUUGGGAAGAAAGAAGGAAGGAAACCGUCUUUGAAGACCACGAUGCUUUGAAACCCGUGUUCACAGCUGUGUGGGGACUGUUGAAAGCAGAUCAGAGUGUGUCAUUUUCCUAAGUAUUUCAUAACUAUGCAGCCGGCAAUGAGGGAGUGAGGGCAAGUUCAGAUGAAAGCCUGGAGGCUGCUGCAGGUGCUUAGAGUCUGAACCUGGUCCAGUGACUGUGUCUGCAGCAGGCAGGACUCCUGCAGAUGUGGUGGUUAUCCAUACUGGUCCACUGCUGACUGGUGCCUAACUCCCCCAUUUGAUUGAGGAGAGAGAGAAAAAGGGACAGAGAGAGAGAGGGGGGGGGAGAGAGAGAGAGAGAGAGACAGAGAGAGAGAGAGAGAGAGAGAGAGAGAGAGAGAGAGAAAGGGGGAGAGAGAGAGUGAGUUGACAGGUGUAUUUGUAUAUUUAGAGGAGCAACCAGCAAGUAAGAGGGGCAGGAAAAAGAAAAGGAACCAAGAUGGGGACCCAGGGAUGCAUGCUUGUGAUGGGAUCUCUCCGUGCAUGUAAGGCCAGAGGAAGCUGGGGGACCAGAGCCACCAUGGUAGCUGAGUUAACACUUCUUAGGCCAGCGUCUCACUUGGAUUCAAAGAUUAGGCACGAGACCCAGGCUUGACGCUCACCAAGGAUGGUUCGUAGACUGCCAUUGAGUGCUCAGAGAAUGAGGGAAGAAGCCCUUUAGAGGCCAGGAUGUUUGGGAAACCGUACUGGUGUGUUUCACAACUGUUUUCAGAGUCAUCCAUGGAGGUUCCUCCCACCAUGACCCUUGGCCCACCCCACAGCAGGCCAGAAUCCCAACUUUGCUUCUAGAGUAUUCAAGAUCCAGAGCGGUUCUUGGGACCACUCUCCAGGAUCAGUAUCAGCUUGUUGGCCUGGAAGGCUUCCUGGGGCACACAAAGAAAGCCAAGAUGCUCAUACCCCACCCAUUGGGCCAGGCCAUCAGACACUGAUGGUAGGGGAUGGACAGACCGACAGAUGGACAGACAGAUGGACAGAAGAGGGGCAGGUAGAGGAGACAGCAGCAGUUGCCCACUUAGACCCAGCCUCCCCUCUGGAAGCUCCUUUUGAAGCUCCCCAGUCCCUGGAGCUGGGAAAUAAGUGGCCUUCCUUUAUCUCUAGUAGUGCAAGCUGGUUAUAUGCAGGUUCACAAAUGUGAUGGAAUGAUGCCUCUUUGCCACCUCCUGCUGCCACCGAGCCCCAGGGAGCCCAUGACAUCCUGCUAGGUAGGGAGACCUGUGACCCAGGAAGGGAUGAACAGUCAAGAGCACUUCCUUCCCCAGGAGUCUCUUCCUCUCCACCUCCCAAAAUCAGCAAAGCCAAGCACAUCUGGCCCCGUGCCUCCAAAUCCAGCUAAGAAUUAACUCAGAAAUGUCCAAAGUCAAAAGCUUGCAGGGGCUGUCCUGGGACUCGGCCAGGCUCGCUGGAAGGUGACUUCAGCCCUGAGCAGACUGUGUGGUCACAUCCCCUGUGUGGGACUCCUGGUUCAUGUAGCAGACCGCUCUGCUGCUUUUCUCUGUAUUCUCCUGUGUUCAGCAGCAGGGCCCACACCCUGCUGCAACUGAAUUGAAGAGCUUGGCUUUCCCAUUUCUGGCUUCCAACCUUUUUUCCCCCUGUAUCCCUCUCUUGCCUUAUGUAAAUAAAAGUCCCAGCUUGUCUUGGUU